CUUCAGAUCGAAGAUAGGGUAGAGAGAAAUAAUCAUUUGCGCCCUCGAAUCGGCCGAAUUCUUCUGUCCGGAUUUCGAAUUAUCGUGUCUCAGAGGUUUUUUCGAAUUUUCGGCUGCUGGCCUAAGAUUUCCCCCCCUUACGCCUUCGAUCAUGUAAUUAGUGAAUUCUUCCAUUGCUGUUUCAGACUUGGGCUGUGGAUUGUGACUCUCUUCUGGCUGCUGAUCGAUCUUCCCAUUCCUUGUUUCGCCUGUUCUACCGUUACCUGUUUAGAGUUUUGAGCUUAUGAACCAGUUGACUAGGUGCUUCCCAACGGGAGAAAGCUAAGCGAUGAUUCAUGUUUUGAUGUUUUUGCUUUGAUGAUAAGGCAAUUGAAACUUUGUAAUUAGAGCUUGCUUGAUAUUGCUGUGCUCUGUCCGUAUCUACUUGAAGUGAACGGAAGCUCGUGUAGGGAAUGCGUUUUAGGUAUGUUGCCCUCCAUGAUGUAGAUCAGUCAUUGACUUCUCGAGAUGAUCGCUUCAAUGCUUAAAAUCACAUGCACCUGUCAAGUGCAAUGGCUGUGAGAUAAUGUUUUGAAAUAUGAUGAUUAUACAUGGGUUGGUUAUAGAUUUCGUGCUCGUGGUUGUUGGAUUGUAGUUGAUCAGAGCGAAUGGCUGUUAUCUGUGAGUCUAGUAUCCGGUUACUUGUUAAAUGUGAAAUGGGUAUUUCAUACCAUAUGGUUUAGGAGAUUUAACCGCUCUCACUCACUAUUAGACUAUCUCUCAGUGCGUUUUGUGCUUCUCUUGCUCUGCUUUCCUGUUGAUGAUUUGAAACCUGAAUCUUUUGUCCAACUGCUCAGCAAUGCCAGAUCUUGAGAGUUUCACAUUGGAUUUCUGUCUGAAAAUUUCACCAAUUUCUAUUCUCUAUUUGGUUUAUGGAAAACUGGUUUUCACUAGAUCCCCCCUCUGCUUAGAUUAUGAUUAGGACUUUCUUAAUACUCUUUUGCUCAAUGAAUAGUCCACAGCUUGUGGUAUGCAACUUGUUGACAGUUUUUUCAGCAUCGGUUCUGCAGUUUCGCUGUGCUCCCAGAUCUUGGAUAAGAGAUGGAGCCUGAGAACUCAGUUGAGUUGAGUGAUGAAACAGCUCCUGAGGUAAGUGAUGGAAAGGUGGAGGAGACCAUUGCUUCCAAUGAUGGAGGUCCAUCUGAUGCAAAUGAAACUUCAAAGCCUUCUGCAGAAGCUGAAGGCACAAAGACUGAAGAAACCUCUGCAAUUUCAUCAGAAAGUAAACUCUCAAAACCCUUAAAGAUUGUUCAGGAGCAUGGUACUUCAAAGGUUUCGGCUUCUUCAAAGAACAGCAAAGUAGCUGCUAAGGAUAAAAUCAACUCAAAAGUUGGUCCUGGUUCAUCCUCGCGCAAAGAGAGGCCAGCUGGACUUACUCAGAGUUUAUCAUUUGCUGUUAGAGGAGUUCAUGCUGAUAAAAUGAGGAGGAGCGUUGAUGGACAUACCCCUGCCAAAACAUACACUAAACCUUCCCCUAAUGAAGGCACAAAAUCUCGAAUGAACUUCAGUAGAUCAGUCACUUCGCUUCGCCCUUCUAAUCAACCAAGCAGGCGUGCAACUACUAGUGGGGUGGCAUCUAAGGAAGUGACUAGCAAUGGUGUUAAAGUGCCUUCAAGGCAGAGUUCUUUUGCUACCAGACCUGUGAAAUCAAGUUCUGUAAAUGAAGCUGCCAAAUCCCCUCCACCCGAGGUUCCUGAGUCAGGUGAUCAAAUCGUGAAGCCAGUUGCCACAUCAUCGCCGAUCAAAGAAGAUGAUGACACACAUUCAAAUGCUUCUAGGGGUGCCACUAGUACUCGAAGGACUUCUGCCUCUGGGUUUUCCUCUAGAUUGGAAGAACGUGCUGAAAAGAGGAGAGAGUUCUUUUCGAAGUUGGAAGAGAAGAUCCAUGCUAAGGAAGCUGAAAAGAGCACUUUGCAAGAAAAAACCAAGGAGAGCCAGGAAGCUGAAAUCAAGCAACUGAGGAAGAGCUUAACAUUUAGGGCCGCACCUAUGCCAACAUUCUAUAAGGAGCCGCCUUCCAAAGUUGAACUGAAGAAGCUUCCAACGACACGCCCAAGAUCACCGAAGCUUGGAAGAAACAAGAGUGUCAGCGCCACGAUGAACAAAUCGUCGGAAGGUGGCAUCAGCUCAUCCAUUCGCAGCCUGGAGCCAAGCAACUCAACCAAGGAGAAACCUAAAACCAACGUUGUGAAAAAUGCAGUUGCCUCGAAAACACAGGUCAAGAAACCUCAGCAGUCUAAAGUUCAGUCACAAAGAGUUGUUGCAGCUACUGAUCAUGGGAAGGCUACCAAGGCCAAACCCAAGUCCGCAGCAAGUGCAGGUGGAGAAAAGAGCCAGGCCCUGAAAGCUGCUGACGCGGAGAAAAAAGAAGAAACCCAGAAUGAUUCUGCUGUAGUGAGCCUUCACCCAUCUGAUAAUGCUGAGGAAAGCACUGGUCAGGUUGAUGAUGGGAGAGUGUCGAGUUCAGUGAACCCUGAGAUAGUGCCACAGGAAGUGGUGGUUGGUGGAUGAGAUUGAAGAAGAUGAUGGUUGCUGUAAUUUGUAUCUAUAGAAUUUGCAUUCGGAGCUUCUUCUUUUUUUCUUCUUCUGGUUUUGGCGGGACAAAAUGAAUGGUUGAUGUGAAUAGUCUUUGUUUACUUCUUUUACAUGUUGUUUGGGGGUCAUGACAUUGUUUUCUCUUUUGCGGAUGAGUACUUUUUGAGAGCAAAGUAAUAGUUUUGUUUUCGCUGGAGGCUGUAUUGAUCAUGUUGGGGAAAAAAAGGAUUUCAGUUGUAUUGCAAAAGUGUGAUAAAAGCUGCAGAAGCACAACAAUACACUUCACUUUGUUUAUUGGAUGUUUCAGAUAAAACGAGC